AUGAGUGAAGCAUGUAUACCACUCAAAUAUCUUUUUAGAAAACUAAUUGAUGAUGUUGAAGGCACAUCUAAACGAACUACCAUCCCGAUGAAGAAAAAGCCUAAAGGUAAGAAUGGAAAACCAGUCGGGGCAACGCUUUCUACACAAGACGAUGAAGGGGAUUACGAACACAUUUUCCAAUGCAGUAGCCCUGAUAGUACAGACACAGAAGAUGGUGAUAAUGAUAAAUACCAACCUUCUCCAUCACAUCUGCAACAAACGCAUAUCUCCGAACAAGAACCUCCUUCGACCGUACACAUAGUUCCAACACUUCCUGAGAGUGUGAUUACUCAAGAAACUGUUCAACCUUCUCCAACUCUGAAAAAACGAAAGAGAGUGAUAUACAAUGACGAGGGUGACAUGACUUACUCGUGCGUGCAUUGUGGUGCUAAAUUUUGGUAUGGAGAACGCAUAAACAGAAGAAGGAAGAUGGGGGAUCCAUCAUUCAACCUCUGUUCUAUGCACGGCCAAGUCAUAUUGCCCUUACUAAAGGAUCCUCCUGAUCUUAUUAAAAAAUUGCUGUUUUCAGAUGAUGAAAUGAGCAGGCACUUUCAAAAAUUUAUCAGAAUCUACAACAUGUUGUUCUCUAUGACGUCUCUCGGAGGUAAAACUGAUCAUUCUAUCAAGAAAGGAAAGGGUCCAAACAUGUUUCACCUUCACGGAGAAAACUACCACCUAAUUGGAAGUAUGCUUCCAAACCCCGGUGAUUAUGCAAAAUUCUAUCAGAUGUACAUAGUUAAUUCUGAAAAUGAAUUGGACAACAGACUAAAUUUUCUCAGUAAGGGGAAAUACGCAUCCAAGCCAGAUAAGAAGAAUAGACUCAGGAAGGACAUCAUUGAUGCGCUGACAAAGAUGCUCGACGAUGUAAACCCCUAUGUCAAGAAUUUCAGGACUGCAAGAGAAAGAUUUAACACUGAUCCUGAAGAUAGUUUUCAUAUGAGGAUAAUUAGUGAUCGUGUUACAGAUGGUAGAACUUACAAUGUUCCAACUGUGUCUGAGGUUGCUGCAAUUAUUCCCGGAGAUUUCAAUUUAGAAAUGGGUACAAGACGGGAUAUAGUUCUACAGAAACGAUCAGGCAAGCUGCGGCGGAUAAGCGAAAUCCAUCCUGCCUACAUACCACUGCAAUAUCCUCUGGGGUUUUCUUAUGGAGAAGAUGGUUUCCGACUUGGAAUUAAGAAAGCCAAUGUUGAAGCUUCUAAGAAACGAAAAAGGAAAACAUCAGCGUUAGACAGUUUUUUGCGUAUCGUCUAA